UAUUAAAUCUAUCAAGAAAUCUUUUAGACAAAUAGAUUAUAAAUUACUUCGUUUAACUGAACAAUUAAAACAAAUUCCUAGUAAAAAAACAUUCAAUGAAAAUUACGUGAAUCAACUCAAACAAAAAUUAACUCAACUAACAGAAGAACUUAAUAAACCAAAAAAUAUAUCCAUUGAAGAAACUUCAACAUUAUUUAUCAAUAAAAUUAAUCUAAUUGAUCGAUCUAAUACAAAAUGGAAAGAAUUUGGAAUUAAUAUUACUGAAGGGAAUGAAUUAAAUCAACUACAUAGUCCUUCAAGUAUAUUUAUUGAUGAUGAUACAACAAUUUAUUUUGUUGAAUCUCAAAAUGGUCGUAUUAUUAAAUGGAAAUCAGAUGAAAAUUAUGUUGAAACUGUUGCUGAUGGAAUAGGAAAAGAGAUAAAUCCAUUGAUUUAUCCAAUAAAUAUGAUUAUUAAUAAAGAAAAUGAUUGCUUUAUUAUUGAUGAUUUUCAAAAUAAACGAAUAAUGCAAUAUUCUCGUCAAAAUAAUGAAACUGGACAAAUAAUUAUGUCUAAUAUAAAUUGUUAUGGUUUAGCAAUUGAUAAAUAUGGAUUUAUUUAUGUUUCUGAUUAUGAAAAACAUGAAGUUAGAAAAUUUAAAAUAGGAGAUCAAAAUGGAAAAAUAGUUGCAGGCGGAAAUGGAAAAGGAACAAAUUUGAAUCAACUCAAUUGUCCCACUUUUAUGUUUGUUGAUGAUGAUUGUUCAUUAUAUAUAUCAGAUUGUGCAAAUCAUCGUAUAAUAAAAUGGUUAAAAGAUGCAAAACAAGGAAUUAUUGUUGCUGGUGGAAAUGGAGAAGGAAGUAGCUUUAAACAAUUAUCUGGUCCUAAAGGAAUUAUUGUUGAUGAAUUUAAUCAAAUUUAUGUGGCAGACUAUGGAAAUAAUCGAGUGAUGCGUUGGAUCGAAGGUGCAACAAAAGGAAGUAUUGUUGUUGGUGGGAAUGGACGUGGAGAAGAAUUGAAUCAAUUAUUUUAUCCUAUGAAUUUAUCAUUUGAUCAACAAAGAAAUCUUUAUGUUGUCGAUUCAGAAAAUAAUCGAAUAGUAAAAUUUGAAGUUGAUUUUAAUUAA